AUGGAAAAUUUACUACUCAAGCUCCAAGCACAGGCAAGAUCGCAUCCAUCCAACCCCGUCCUACGCCGAAUCCUCCCACAAUUUCGUGUUCUCCUGAAUGGAACACGCACAGACUCGCCGGAGGUGAAGACCACUUUUGAGAAUAUUCAGCGCGACCUGGACGUCCUCGCUACGCAAGGAUACUGGGAGCCGUCGAAGGAGGACGAGGACGCAUUACGCCUAUUGAAGAGGCAGCUGGGGCUAUCGCGUGAGCGUGUCCCAGAUGAGCAUGACGCAGACCAACAUGUUGAAUCUGUCCAACCAAGCACCUCUACCCCCAACCACAGCCACCAUUCUACCCCUUCCAAUGCCUAUGUCUCUCGUUCGGUGCCAACAUCCCCCAAACGUGCGGAACAGGUUCGAAACCCCGAUAUAUCCAUCCUUCAACCUCCGCCGUUGUCCACGCCGUUACUUCCGGUAUCGACUCUCACCCCAACUGUGUUGCCCGUAGAGUUGGUCCAAGCCCUCAACCAAGUUUUCUUCCUGCACAUCCUCGCCACCGACCCUGAUCGCGUCCUCCCUCCUGGCAAAUCCUUGUUAUCCGUGAUUUCGGCUCCGCAAGCGAAUUCGCAACAGCGGCACGACGAACUGCCGAAGCUAGAGGAAAGAGUCAAGGAUGUGAUACACAAGGAGUUUUGGAAAGAGGCAUUGGAGGCCCUUUCAAGCCCGUCUCCAGCUGUGCAGCUGCCAAGGCUGGGACUUUUAUAUAGGGAUCUUUUCACCGUCCUUCAACCUCUCUUGCCGCAAACCCAUCCACUCCUGAUCACGCUUUCUCUGCCUCUCUCCCCCACCUCUUCCCCCCUCCGGUCGGCCUUGGUGCAUCUGAGAGAGAUGCUCGGUGCUUUACGGGAGCGCUGUGCACCAGCAAGAGAUGAGCGCAUAGACCGUCUUAUCCGAGAUCUCGACGAACCGAACCAACUGGCGACCACAGAACAACUAGCCGAAUUGGCCAUUAAUACGACUCGGGAGAUUUUGGAGCUAGCGGACGUCAUGAAGGAGGACAUGUCGCAAUUCGUGAUCGGAUCCAUGGAAGAGAAGGAUGUGAAAGUGGUCGUCACCUCCCAAGCAAUGCUCCGCGAGAAGUCGCUCAUCCUCCAGAUGUGGCCACCAAGUCGUCUGGAACCUGCAUGGACGAGGUGGCUGGAUGAACUCGACACCACCACCUACCCGUCUUUGAACUCGGGAGACCCUCACCAUCGACGCUGGCUUCUCCGGUUGGUCCAGGCCCUGGGAGCCAAUUCCCCCGUUACUUGUCCGCUUCCCACCGUCAACAUCCCAGGCUCUGGGUCGUUACCUUGCGCAGAACACGAGCAUGACCCUGACCAUGGCGUCGAGCGUCCUCCGAACACUCUUCCUCCACCCUUCUUCGUGACCUGCCCCGGCUUGCGUCAGAUACAGAACUAUCUCCAAGGUCUGGUUAUCACUGCCGUCCUCCGGUCUCUCGUCCGCUUCCCCCCGCACCGCAUACCCUCUACCUCAUCCACGACAGACCACCCUUGCAGCUUCACACACCGGAUCUGGACACUGCUCAAGGCUGCGGUAGACGGUGAAGCGGGCGCCGAAGCCACCAACAUCGACAACCUCGCCGACGAAGUCAUCCAGGUGCGACGCGAUUGCACAGACCCUGCGCAACCUUGCACCGCCGAGGAAGAGAACACCCUGCGCGCCGCCGUCGACCGCACCCUCCAGCCCCGCGACCCCGUUUUCGUUCUCCUCCAGAAACGCCUCCUGCAAGGGCUUGCUGUCUGGCUCACCUCCGGCCCCGACAGCGGCACCGCCUCACCGAGCUCGCAUACCCCGGCCGACGGCGCGGCGAUGCCGACUACGGUGCACAUGCACACGGGUCGGGAGCGCCCGGGGAAGCGACAGCGGUUCCAGUUCAGCGUCGAGGAUCCGAAGAGCGUCUUCGUUGGGUGGGAGCGACCCCGCGGAAAGGUGCAGGCGAUCAAGGGGUUCGAGGACGAGGUGCUGGUGAAGGAGGUGCAGGGUGUUUUUGAGGAGAUCGCGAAGUCCGUGGACUGGACGAAUCGGGUGUGGCAGGAUAUCGUGGAGACGGGUGAGAUUGGCGGACUGAGCCCGCCUUCGCAGCCUGCUUCGCGGUCGACAUCGGUGGAGAGGAGGCAUUGA